UAUUUGUUUUGGGCUUUUUUUUUUUUUUACAAGAUUGAAAUCUUGCUGCUACAGCGGUGACAUCAUAACACUGGUGUUGUGAGUGGGCUGUAGCUAACGUUAUGUCUGUUCAUUUUGAUGAGAGAAGUGGUGUUAUUCCAUGUAAAACACCAUGGGGUGUCUGGUAUCAAACAAUGGAGGAGGUUUUUAUUGAAGUAAAUGUUCCCGCUGGAACCUCAGCAAAAGAGGUCAAAUGCAAUCUCGGGAGUAAACAAAUAGAACUUUAUGUUAAAGGACGAGAAAUUUUCAAGGGAAAGCUGUUUCAGACCACUGUAGCCGAUGAAGCCACAUGGACACUGGAGGACAAGAGUUUGAUCCGGAUUAUUCUGAUGAAGACGAACCGAGAUGCUGGAAACUGCUGGGGAUCUCUCCUAGAGGGCGAGUACUCUGCUGACCCAUGGGUACAGGACCAAAUGCAAAAGAAACUCACCCUUGAGAGAUUCCAGAGAGAGAAUCCUGGAUUCGACUUCAGUGGCGCAGAUAUCUCCGGGAACUACGGUGGUGGAGGACCUGAUUUUUCAAAUUUGGAAAAAUGAAUGAUCAAAGAGGGCGAGGACGGUGCAAAACCCCACAGAAGAGGCUCACAUCUGACCUGACUGCAGUUGCUGAAUCACACUCCCUACAAAGAGAAGUUUCCCCCCCCCCCCCACAAGAUAUUUGGAUGACA